AUCGGUGUUAAUGGAGAUCCCAGAACCACAGGCCAAAAUCACAGGACGUCUGAGGAGAUCCUACAUGGAUAUCUUGUGUUCCCGUCUGUCUGUCGGUGCGAGACACUUGAGACGUGGACACGCGUUGGACGUAGGUUCAGGAAGACGGCGGACCGGAGACGGUUUGGACGCGAGCGACACGUUUGUCUCCAAACAGCUGCUCAACAGUCUUCUGCUCGCCGAGCAGUCGGUUCAGAUGGAGUCCGUCUCGCUCACGUCUGACCUCAAGCUCUUACUGGAGGAUCUGCAUCAGAAGAAGACCAGCAUCUACAGAUCCAUCCCAUACUCCCGCCUGGCCUCCAACCGCGACGCACACUGCUACAGGAAAGCCCGUCCACACCUGAUGGCCUUCAGGCGCUCGUGUCAGGACGGAGGCCGUCUGCUCCUGCAGAAAGCUGAGUGGCAGAAGCUGCUGGAGUUCGUUCAGGCCGCGUGCCGCUACGCCAGUGAGCUCCCGCAGUGGGAGACCAGCACCCAUGAUGCACUGCGAGAACACUGCUACGACACGCUAGCGGCGCUCUGUACCGCGGUGCUGCAGAAACACAGACCCGCCGCGCGCAGAGCCCGAGAACUGCUGCGCAGGUUCAAAAUGGCUCCGGUGUCGAGGCGAGCGAUCGGCCCGUGUUUAGAGCAGCUGGAGAAGAUCCUGCAGGAAUAUCAGAGCAGAGAACCACAAACUCAGAUCCAGCCGGAUGUCCUGUUUCUCUUCUUGUGCCGUUGAUUAUGACAGACAGUGAUUCCAGCUCGUCUGAUCAAACAGGAAGCAGUAGAUGUGCUUUUAAUGGCGUUCAGAAGACUGUGGAGGAAGUAGAAAUACAUCUGAAGAAAGUGAACGCCGGACGUCCUGUUGACUUUCUCCGUCUGAAGAUGAUGAGAAACUCUCGCCGCUGCCAAAGAACAAAACAGCCCACAAAGUUAGGACGCGGUACUGAGCUGAAUUUAUGGAUGAACAGCCAGACGAACCGUUGAUCGUCGUUAAUAACACGGUGAGGAUAUUUGUUUCCACACG